AUGCGUUCACAAGCAGCAGUGUACGCAGUCUGCAUCAUCGCUUCGGCGGUGGCAGCGACAGCACAGCAGCAAGCAUCGAACACUACAGCUGCACCAAACUCGACCCAGCCUCACCAAGGACGUUACGACAAGCCCUGGCCCAACACCAUUUGGCACGACAUCAAGUGGUACUGGCUCCACCCCUUCUGGGACUGGCCAGCCUGGAAGGACCUCUUCGGCGGAGGAAACGGCGGCGGCAGUGCACAGCCAAACUCAACCAACCCCGUGAGCCCGUACAUUCCCACGCCCUCCGGCUGCAAGAACUCCGCCACCAACCGCGGCUGCUGGUCCGUUGGCUACAACAUCAACACCGACUUCUACGCCAGCUGGCCCGACACCGGCGUCACCCGCAGCUACUCCUUGAGCAUCACCAACAGCACCGGUGCGCCGGAUGGCGUCGAAAGAGAGAUGCUGCUGAUCAAUGGAGGAUACCCGGGUCCCACUAUAUACGCCAACUGGGGUGACUAUGUGGAGGUUGCUGUGACGAACUACCUCCAGGACAACGGCACUGGCAUACACUUCCAUGGCAUUCGGCAGUGGUACACCAAUGCUGAGGACGGUGUGCCGGGCAUCACAGAGUGUCCGAUUGCUCCGGGUCAUACCAAGGUGUACAGGUGGCAGGCCACUCAGUACGGGACUUCGUGGUAUCACAGCCAUUGGGGAGUGCAAUAUGGAGACGGCAUCCUCGGCUCCAUUGUCAUUGAUGGACCAUCAACGGAGAACUACGAUGAGGAUCUUGGUACCCUACCAGUCACAGACUGGUACUAUCAGACCUCGUCGGCUCGCUCAGCAAUCAUCUCGCAUACGUUCGGCCGUCCACCGACGAUUGCGGACAAUGGCCUAAUCAACGGCACAAUGGUCAGUGCAAACGGCACCAGCGGCUCCUACGCCGUCACCAACAUCACAAAGGGCAAAAAGUACAGACUCCGCCUCAUCAACCAAUCCAGCGACAACUCCUUCAUGUUCUCCCUGGACAACCACCCCUUCACCGUCAUCGCCGCCGACCUCUCGCCCGUCCGGCCCUACACCGCCGACUGGAUCUUCAUCACCGUCGGCCAGCGCUACGACGUCGUCUUCGAAGCAGACCAGGACAUCGACAACUACUGGUUCCGCGCGGAGGCGCAGGACCAGCCGCGCCCGGAUUGCGGACGGAAUGCGAAUAACGGGAAUAUCAGGAGCAUCUUCCGGUACAAGGGGGCGCCGGUGGCGAAUCCGACGUCGCAGGGUACGAGCUAUACGCAGCGGUGCUCGGAUGAGGUGGUGACGGCGUAUCAGAACGGAUCUGUGCCCGAAGAACCUUUGAAGCAGUACGGACAGCUGGACACCGCGAUCCACUUCGGCGUCAACAAUUUGAACUCGACGGUGGUGAAGUGGGGUCUCGACACCAUCCCCAUCCACGUAGCCUGGGACAAACCAACGUUACAGUACGUCUGGGAAGGCAACAACAGCUUCCCCGACGCGGCGAACGUGAUCGCCGUACCGAACGAAGGCGAGUACUCCUACUGGAUCGUGCAAGAAGUCCCCGGCGACCCCAUCAGCGUCUCCAUCCCCCACCCCAUCCACCUACACGGCCACGACUUCUUCGUCCUCGGGCAGGGCGUGGGGAACUUCUCCGACACGGCGGGCGCGACGCUCAACUUCGCCAAUCCCAUGCGCAGAGAUACCGCCAUGAUGCCGGCGGCGGGUUGGUUGGCGGUAGCGUUUAUCGUUGAUAAUCCUGGCAUGGGCGUGCAGUUCCUCGAGAUGGCGGCGAAUAUCAGCGAGAUCGCGCCGCCGGUGUACAGUUUCGACGAGACGUGUGGGAGUUGGAGCGAUUACUACCCGGAGCACGCGGCGUAUUUGCGGGAUGCGGAUGAUUCUGGGAUUUGA